AUGGCUGGCCUGCGUGGAUGGAUGCGCUGUCAUCGCAAGCGCCCGCUGGUGCUUGCGGGACUGGCAGUUGCGGCAGUCUCCGGUGCGUUCCUCUGGACUCGAGACACCAGCGCAUCGUUUGAGGGGUUCCAUGCCUGUACGGCCCCUUACUAUGCCUUUCUUGCGCCGCUUCAUGCGAAGAGUAGCUCUGAGAAUGUGGCCUGGGAAAGACUGCCCACGAGGCAGGUAGCAAUUCAGUCCAUUUUGGAAGCUGAGAAGGCUGUUGCAAGCUCGGAGAAGUUGUCUUCCAUGCUGCUCCACGUGAUGUAUGGCACUUUCCUGCUGCCCUUCAUGCGGACUCAUCCCAGUGCAAAACUGCUUGAGGUGGGUUCUGGCUGCAAGCAGGACUAUGGCCCCGGGGCACGCAUGCCUCUAUGGAAGAAGCUGUUCGCAUCGUCUACCCUCUGGGAAGCAAGUCUUAAUACCACCUGUGACAGGCAAGUGGGACUGCAGAAGUGGGUGGAUUCCAUGGGUGGGGAUCUCCAUGCAGUUAUCCACACUCAGAACCAUCAUCAGCACAUACCUGCAUGGACAGUUUUUGACUCGCUGUGGCCGCGGUUGAGGCCAGGCGGCAUGUAUUUCAUGGAGGUCUUCAAUGACGCCGACGCUGGCAUUUCCAACAGACUUGCGCAAUGGAUUGAUCAACUGCUAAUCCAUGCACCUUCUUCGAGGGGCGCCGGUGCCCACCCAAUGCCUAGCGGCUUAGAGUCCGUCUACUGUCAACGGCAGGCGUGCAUGAUCCGGAAGCAAGUGUGCCGACGUGACUUAAGUGACAGCGGCAAUUUUGUCGCUCACACGGUGUAUUCCUUUGAGCAAGCAGCGCGCGAAAUGCCCCAGCAGACUGAUAAGACAACAACUCACAGGUAUCAAGUGAUGUUUGGUACUUUCCUGCUUCCCUAUCUGCAAACUUUCCCUCAAGCCAAGAUGCUGGAAAUUGGCCUUGGCUGUGGUAUGUCUGCCGGCACGGGUGCAAGUGCAAAGCUAUGGAUAAAGUUGUUUCCCAUGAUAGAUCUGUGGGUGGCAGACUAUGAGGCUGCAUGCGUGGAGUAUGAACGCAAGGUGGGACGGCUCGGCGGUAUAAAAUCUCUGACAGGAGACCAGGGUGAUGCAGCCACUCUGCAAGAAUGGCUGAAGACUAGUGGCGGCAAUUUCGAUAUCAUCAUUGAUGACGGCAGUCACCACAACAAGCACGUCAAGGCUAGCUUCGAAGGUCUUUGGCCAAGCGUCCGGCCUGGUGGCCUCUACUUCUUGGAGGACCUGCAGGUCGGCCGGGAACCCCCGUAUGCAGAUGGGCCGUCAACAUCCGAAAUUAUGCAGGCCUGGGUCCACCAGAUGUUGAAUCCCACCACAGCAGCCGGAGAAUUUCCUCUUCCUCUGGAUGUCGAGUCAAUCUACUGCCAGUGGGAGGCAUGCGUCGUCCGAAAGGUGGGUGGCUUAUGA